GGGGGGAGCAGGGGACCUGGGCGGGCGGUGCUGCAGCUGGGGGUGUCUGUCUGUUCCCACCGGACCCGCCCAGAGAGCAGGGGGCCAGGGGCGGCGCCGCUCCAGGCACUGAAAUUACAGUUCCUGCUUACCUGCCUCCUGUAACAAAGAGACUAUUUCUGAGCCAAACAGAAAAAUGAUAAAGUUUUUUCUCAUGGUGAACAAACAAGGUCAAACAAGACUCUCCAGGUAUUAUGAACAUGUGGAAAUUCAUAAGCGGACAAUGCUGGAAGCUGAAGUAAUCAAAAAUUGCCUUUCCCGUUCAAAAGAGCAAUGUUCUUUCAUUGAAUAUAAGGAUUUUAAGCUGGUGUACCGACAAUAUGCAGCCCUUUUCAUAGUGGUUGGAAUCAAUGAAACAGAGAAUGAGAUGGCUGUAUAUGAACUAAUUCAUAAUUUUGUGGAGGUUUUGGACAGAUAUUUCAGCAGAGUGAGUGAAUUAGAUGUGGCAUAUGACCAGGAUUCAUCACCAAAUUUUGUCUGCUUGGAUCAUUAGCUUCCCCGGCGUGGAACUGGUACUGACGGGGAGUGUGACGUGAAUGCUGAUCCAUGAUCUCCUGGUCUACACUGGACAUAAGCAUAGCUGUGGGGGUGUGAAAAAUUCACAGCCCUGAGAGACGUCACUAUGCCAAUCUAAUCCCCAGUGUAAGCAGUGCCAGGUAGACAGAAGAAUUCUUCCAUCGCCCUCGCUACUGCCUCUAGGGGAGGUGAAUUAACUUCAGCGGCAGCAGAAUUCCUCCAAUCACUGUCGAGUAUCUACACUGAAGCACUACAGCUGUGCUGCUGUAGCAUUUUUAGUAUAGACAUACCCUAAGUAGCUUCGAAAACUUGGGCCUGAACGAGUACUCUGACAGUGGAGUUCCACUAGUGUGAAUGCAGAGUAAUAGAACAAAAUCUGACCAUCUGUCUUUCUGAGCUCAUGCCAUACUAUCAAAUAACAUUCGUGACAAGCAAGUUCCGGGAGGCAGUAGUGAAGGUGCAAAAAAAACAAACAAACGCCACCAUCCCCAAACUGUUGAAAGAUGUGUUUGCAAAUUGGAACGUGAAGUUUCUUUCUGGCUCCACUGCAAUAAACAGAAUCCCCAACAUACAGCCAAGAACUACAAGGAGUGAAGCUGAAACUGUGAUUGAUCUGUAGAGCAGAGGGAAAGACUGAAAAGCAGCAACAGGUGGGGACAAGGCAGAAGAGAGGUUUAACUUCUUCCCCUGUAGAUUGUACUGAAUCAGGGAGACAGCCAUGAUACCUAGUCAUUUUUUAUGUCAAUUUCUAUUUAAUAGAAUAGAGAUAAAUGGGAAAACCAGGACAUGUUUUACUUAGCCCCACUUUUCCCACAUCACAUUUGUUCAAUGAAUACUAGUGGGUAUAGAACAUAUUUUUGCUGGUAUAAAACUUGUCAUUUAUUUGCCAAGGCCAAAGCAGUUAAGAUACGUUAAUGGAGAAGUUUCAUAUAGCGCAAAAGGACACACAUUUGUAUAGCUUCAGAUUUUUGCCUUUCAGCUGCCUCAUUUCACUAGGCAAAUCUUGAAGGCGCUAAGUACAUUUAAAAUCAUUUUUAAAAUGAAACCUUUAUUAAAUUCUACUCCUUAACAAAGGAGUGUAAAUUAAUGAAAUCACUCUUAGCUAUCCUCUGGGUAAAUUACAAUAGACUAAUAGCAUAUCAGCUUAUAAAACUAGACAAGUUUGAAACUUGAUUUUUCCUUACACCAAAUAAGUGAUGUUAGGGAGAGGGGAAAAAAAACCCAAAAUGGUCAGCCUUGAAAAUGCUGGUGUCAGGCAGACGUGAACAGACUAAGAAUUAUCUUGUUUAACGGAAAUGCAGUGUACAUAGAUGUGCUUUUAGGGUCUAUCUCCACUGCAGCUGAGAGCAUGCCUCCCAGCCGGGCAGCCCUCCUGCGCUAGUUCUACUAGCACACAAACUAGCCAUGUUUAUGUAUUCAGAUGGCUAGCCUGGGCUGCCACCCAUACUGCAACAUCCACACUGCAACCGCUAUGCUAACUCAAGAACAGCUAGUGUGUGUCUGUCUGCACUAGCUGGGAGGCACUCUCCCAGGGGCAACGUAGACAUAUACUUAGCAUUAUUCAUAGUCACAUUCAUAUUUGUAGUAUCUUACUGAUUGCAUUUUGUAUCUAUGGUAAGCAGAAACUAUUCUUUCCGUAAAACCCAUCAACUGGCAGUGAACUCAGACAAGCCUAUACUAAAAACUUUGUCCAGAUAGUAAUUGUUCAAAUUAAGUUACGCUGUCAGUCCCUCAUCUUCUCUAAUACAGAGAGACAACUGCAAUUAUCCGUUCCCACUGACACUUCGACAUGUGACUAACACAAUAAAAAGGUGAAAAACAUUACGUCUGACAUGGGUAUUAUUGCUACUAAAAUAAAUUUAACCUAAUCUCAAGGUGCAAAUUUACAAAUACCCACACUUGUAAGUUUUAAUCAGAGAAGAGGGUUGAGAACAUGAAAUGCUUAAGACAAAGGCAGGUAAGAUUUUCCUCUGAAUGAGUCUUCACUGUUCAAUACUUGUAAAUAAAAAUUACUUAACUUGAAAUGUUCCUAGAUAAUGUUCAACUUGGAUAGAGUGCACAUAAUUUUGGAUGAAAUGGUGUUAAAUGGCUGCAUCGUGGAAACCAACAAGAAUAGAAUUCUUGCACCUCUAUUUGUUCUUGACAAAAUGGCAGAAAGUUAGAAAGAAACAAGCCUA